GUGAGCAGGUUGGUGACUGGGGGCUAGGUGGAUGAGGGGCACCCCGGGGGUCUGCCCAGGCCUGUGAUCUAAGGAUGACCUUGACAAAGGCUGGGAUGGGAGGAGCUGAGCUCCUAGGGUGGGCAGAGAGCUCUGUGUCCUGGAAGGGGUCCCACUGAGUCAGGCCAGGUUUCUGGGGAGGGAAAGGGUCUGGUUUCAGAAUGUGGAUCUGGAGGAUCCAGGGACUGGGAACCCACAUAGCCCUCUGGCCCUUUCACAGACUGAAGACCCCAUAAGCUCAGCAGUUAGGUUGCAUGCCCACCUUGGCCACCUGUGCCCUGGAUGAGGCUGGGCUGAGAGUGGCCGGGGCCUGAGACCCUGUGCUGAGUAGCCCUCUUUACUGUCAGCAGAGGCCCAGAGGGCUCCCCAGAACCCCAACUCCACCUCCGUGGGUCUCCCCUCUCUGCUAAGAGGCCGGCUUUGGGGCCACAAGGCUGGUGUGCUGCCACUCCGAGGUUCUGUUCAACCUGGGGACCUGCCCCACCCCCCUCAGUUUUCUCCCCAGGCCCCUUGGCUCUGACAGCGGCCAUCCCAGUCUGGUCUUGUGAUGAGUGUGACCAAAGCCUUGGUGAGGACCGUGCUGGCCCCGAGAAAGUCCUGACGGCGGGAUGCAAGACCAGGCUGUGGCAGCCAGUGUCUGGGGGGUGGCUGGCAGAGGGGCAGCUGACCUCUUGCUCUAGGAAGCUCCUGCAGGGACCUGCGGAUGUGGCCCACAGUGGACGGGCUGGGCGGCUGUGGGUGAACUGUUUGGAGUGUUCCCACCUGUAUGUGAAACAUCUGGAGUGGACUCAGCCCCAGCCCACAGGGAGUGGAUGGAGAAGCUCUGGCUUUGCCCUCAGGAGGGGACAGACAGAAGGCUGAGUGGCCUCUCCUUCCCCAGGCAGACCAUGAGUGCCCACAUGAGCCCCCGCCUCGGGGUUUGCCUCUGGCUGUGGCUGUGUGUCACCCUGGGACGCGGCCAGGGACAAGCAAGCCGGCGCCUGAAGCUAACUGUGCUGCCCGAGGACCGGCUACAAAUGAAGUGGACGGAGUCGGAGGGGCGUGGCCUUGGCUACCUGGUGCAGGUGAAGCCCAUGGCAGGGGACUCAGAGCAAGAGGUGAUGCUGACCACCAAGACCCCCAAGGCCACUGUGGGAGGCCUGAGCCCCUCCAAGGGGUACACCUUGCAGAUCUUUGAGCUCACCAGCUCAGGGAAUGUCCUGCUGGCUCGGAGGGAGUUUGUGAUUGAGGAUUUGAAGAGUCACUCCAUGAGCAGGAGCAGCCGGAGGCCCCUGGGGGCAGCUCUGGAGCCCUCACCCUCCCAUGUGGGGAGCCCAGACCCUGACCCUCGAGUUACCUUGGCCCCAAGCCAAGACUCUCCCACUCUUGGUGGGUCCAAGUGGGGUGAGGGAGUGCGCGGUGAGGAGCAGCACUCCCCCAGAGGCCCCGGGGGAAAGGCCCCUACUCAGCCCAGCCCAGAGAGGGGGAGCCACACCAGGACGUCAGUGGGAAAGAGAGAGAAGCCAGCUGGCCCUCAGUUCCGCUGCAUGGCCCCUGUACCCGUGGACAUGAUCUUCUUGGUGGAUGGGUCUUGGAGUAUUGGCCACAGUCACUUCCAGCAGGUCAAAGACUUCCUGGCCAGCGUCAUCGAGCCCUUUGAAAUUGGGCCAGAUAAAGUCCAAGUAGGCCUGACUCAGUACAGUGGAGACCCCCAGACCGAGUGGGACCUGAACACCUUCAGUACCAAGGAGGAGGUGCUGGCAGCCACACGCAGCCUCCAGUACAAAGGGGGAAACACAUUCACAGGCCUGGCCCUGACCCACGUGCUGGAGAAGAACCUGAAGCCUACAGUGGGGCUCCGUCCACAGUCAGCCAAGGUGGUGGUUCUAGUGACAGACGGCAAGUCCCAGGACGACGCCCAUGCUGCUGGCCGCAUCCUCAGGAGCCUGGAUGUCGACGUCUUUGCUGUGGGCGUGAAGAAUGCUCAUGAGGCUGAGCUGAGGCUCCUGGCAUCCCAGCCACUGGACAUCACCGUCCACAAUGUGCAGGACUUCCCCCAGCUCAGCACACUGGCUGGCCUGCUCAGCCGCCUAGUCUGCCAACAGGUCCAGGGCAGGAGCCUGAGUCAGGGCCCAGUUAGACCAGCAGCAGCCACUCCAGCCCUGGACCCCCUCUCCACUCCCACCAGCCUGGUCCUGACCAAGGUGACCUCCUCCAGUGUCCACCUGUCCUGGACUCCAGCUCUGCAGCCACCACUCAAGUACCUGGUGGUGUGGCGGCCUUCCAGGGGUGGUGCCCCCAGGGAGGUGUUGGUGGAGGGGCCCAGCUCGUCUGUGGAACUGCACAACCUGACCUCUGGAGCGGAGUACCUGCUGUCUGUGUUUCCUGUCUAUGAGGCGGGGGUUGGAGAGGGCCUACGGGGACUGGUGACCACAGCGCCUCUGCCUCCACCCCAGGCACUUGCCCUGGCCACAGUGACACCCAGGACUGUCCGACUCACCUGGCAGCCCUCGGCCGGGGCCACCCAGUACCGGGUGCGGUGCUCACCGGCCUCCGUCAAGGGCGAGGAGGAGGGUAGAGAGGUGCAGGUGGAGUGGCCAGAAGUGGUGCUGGGCAGCCUGGAGCCGGAUACGGACUACAAUAUCUGGGUGCAGAGCCUGCAGGGCACACAGGCUAGCAAAGCCCGGGGCAUCCGCGCCAGGACCCCACCCCUGGCUCCCCCCAGACACCUGGGCUUCUCCGAUGUGAGCCACGACUCGGCCCGCGUGUCCUGGGAGGGCACUCUGAGGCCUGUGCGCCUGUUCAGGGUCAGCUACGUGUCUAGCGAGGGCAGCCACUCGGGGCAGACAGAGGCUCCUGGGAAUGCCACCUCAGUCACACUGGGCCCUCUCUCCUCCUCCACCACCUAUACUGUUCGUGUCACCUGCCUCUACUCUGGGGGCAGCUCCUCCACACUGACCGGCCGCCUGACCACACGGAAAGUCCCCAGCCCGAGCCAGCUAUCAGUGACAGAGCUCCCUGGGGACAAGGUCAGGCUGGAGUGGGCGGCUGCAGUGGCAUCCGGUGUGCUUGUCUACCAGAUCAAGUGGACACCUCUGGGAGACGGGAAGGCCCAUGAGAUCUCCGUCCCAGGGAACCUAGGCAUGGCCAUCCUGCCUGGCCUGGGGAGGCACUCAGAGUACGAGAUCACCAUCCUGGCCUACUACAGGGAUGGGACCCGCAGCGACCCCGUGUCCCUCCGUUACAGCCCCCGUAGCCUGAGCCCACCCUCCAACCUGGUCCUGGCUUCUGAAUCACCGAACAGCCUGUGGGUCAGCUGGACGCCCCCUACCGGCCAUGUUCUCCACUACCGGCUAACCUACACGGUGGCCUCGGGCUCUGGACCAGAGAAGUUGGUCUCUGUUCCAGGACCCAGGAGCAAUGUAACUCUCCCCGACCUGCUGGCAGCCACCAAGUACAGGGUCCUGGUCUCAGCAGUGUAUGGAGCAGGGGAGAGCAUCGCAGUGUCUGCCACAGGCCAGACAGCAGCCUGCCCGGCCCUCCACCCAGACGGCUCUCUCGCAGGGUUUGACCUGAUGGCGACCUUCGGGCUGGUGGAGAAGGAGUAUGCCUCCAUCCGUGGCGUGGCCAUGGAGCCUGCGGUGUUUGGCUCGACCAGGACCUUCACACUCUUCAAGGACGCUCAGCUGACACGCCGGACCAGCAACAUCCACCUGGCCACCCUCCCGCCAGAGCACACGGUUGUCUUCCUCCUGCGCCUCCUCCCAGAGACGCCCCGCGAGCCCUUUGCACUGUGGCAGAUGACGGCUGAGGACUUCCAGCCUGUCCUGGGGAUCCUGCUGGAUGCUGGCAGAAAGUCCCUGACCUACUUCAGCUACGACCCCAAGGCGGUCUUGCAGGAGGUGACCUUUGAUUUGCCUGAAGUUAGGAGGAUAUUCUUCGGGAGCUUCCACAAGGUACAUGUGGCCGUGGGCCACUCCAAGGUCCGGCUCUACGUGGACUGUAGGAAGGUGGCCGAGAGGCCCAUUGGGGAGGCGGGCAGCCCUCCUGCCACUGGCUUCAUCAUGCUGGGGAGGCUGGCCAAGGCCCGAGGCCCCAGGAGCAGCUCAGCUGCGCUCCAGCUCCAGAUGCUGCAGAUCGUGUGCAGUGACACCUGGGCAGAAGAGGAUAGGUGCUGCGAGCUCCCUGCAUCGAAGGACAAAGAGAACUGCCCUGCCUUCCCUUCUGCCUGCACCUGUUCCUCACAGACCCCUGGGCCUCCGGGACCCCAAGGACCUCCGGGCCUCCCGGGCAGGAACGGAGCCCCAGGACAACAGGGCUUCCCAGGGCCCAGGGGAGAACCCGGGCCACCUGGACAGACCGGACCUGAGGGUCCUGGAGGUCAGCAGGGGUCACCAGGGACCCAGGGCCGAACUGUCCAGGGACCUGUGGGUCCGCCAGGGGUCAAAGGAGAGAAGGGGGACCAUGGCCUGCCGGGCCUGCAGGGUUACCCCGGCCACCAAGGCGUCCCCGGGAAGGUUGGCCUCCAGGGUCCAAAGGGAAUGAGAGGCCUGGAGGGCACCGCUGGCCUGCCUGGACCCCCUGGACCCAGGGGCUUCCAGGGCAUAGUGGGGGCCAGGGGUACCAGCGGGGAGCGAGGACCCCCAGGGGCUGUAGGGCCCACGGGGCUGCCGGGGCCCAAGGGGGAGCGAGGAGAGAAGGGAGAGCCACAGUCCUGGGCCACCAUCCACCAGUUUGUGACCCAGGCCUGUGAGUCCGCCAUCCAGACGCACAUGCUAAAGUUCGACUCCUUCCUCCAUGAGAGCACCAGGCCUCCCAUGCCCAUCUUGGAGGCCCCUGGGCCCCCGGUCACACGCAGUGAGGCCCGGCUCCCUGGAGAAGGGGGACAUGGUGGUCCCCACGCUGAGGACAGAGGUGAGCCUGGAGCUCUCACCCAGACAGGCAGCCCCCAGCCACAGGGCAGCAAGGUUCCAGGAUCCCCCGGAGGAGCAGGACGUUCCCUGUGCUGCCUCUAGUGACCUGCACCUCCACUCUGGAGUCUCAGACAUGAAGCUAGAGAAGCCUGGAGUCUGGGGAGGAACCGGAGAUGGAUGGGGUGGCCAAGAGGAUGGCUGUACUUCACCUUUGUACCAUUCCCAGA